AUGCUUCAUCCUCACCUAUCGGCUGAAAGUAGAGGGGCUGCUGUUGGUGUAUUAGAUGACCGCGGACGACGUUGGCUAUGUUAUGACUAGCCAUCACAUCUCUAUGCAUAAAUGUCUUGCACUUGGAACAAUAGAGUCGGCGGAUGUCAACUCGCCCUACAGAUGCUUCGCAACUCGAGCACUUCUUAGAAGUAUAAUAUUCAUUCAUACUGGCAAAAGUGUAUUCAAGUGACCUGGCCUAGAGGAAGUGUAGAUAUAUUACUAUCGAGUAAAAAAAA